UUUUUUUUCCAUCAGCCAGUUUCAGGUUUUGAUUCUUACCAUGGCUAUUACACAGUUUCGGUUAUUUAAAGUUUGUACUUGCCUAGCAACAGUAUUCUCAUUCCUAAAGAGAUUAAUAUGCAGAUCUGGCAGAGGACGGAAAUUAAGUGGAGACCAGAUAACUUUGCCAACUACAGUUGAUUAUUCAUCAGUUCCUAAACAGGCAGAUGUUGAAGAGUGGACCUCCUGGGAUGAAGAUGCACCCACAAGCGUAAAGAUUGAAGGAGGGAAUGGGAACGUGGCAGCACAACAAAAUGCUUUAGAACAACUAGAACCCGACUAUUUUAAGGACAUGACACCAACUAUAAGGAAAACCCAGAAAAUCAUUAUUAAGAAGAGAGAACCAUUAAAUUUUGGCAUCCCAGAUGGUAGCACUGGUUUCUCUAGUAGAUUAGCAGCUACACAAGAUAUGCCUUUUAUUCAUCAAUCUCCUGAAUUAGGUGACUUGGAUACCUGGCAGGAAAAUACCAACGCAUGGGAAGAAGAAGAAGAUGCUGCCUGGCAGGCCGAGGAAGUUCUGAGGCAGCAGAAGAUAGCAGACAGAGAAAAGAGAGCAGCAGAGCAGCAAAGGAAGAAGAUGGAAAAGGAAGCACAGCGGCUAAUGAAGAAGGAACAGAACAAAAUUGGUGUGAAACUGUCAUAACAAGUGUUCUUCACAUGUCAUAGUGCCAGUGCGAGAAAUGCCGGCUCCACCAGCCAAGCAACGUUUGUGUGGGUCUAAGAGUAUUUUCAGAGUACACAUAUGCUGCUUGACUUUAAUGCAUUCACCAGGCCACCCAGGGCACCAGGAUGCUCUCAAAGUCCCUUGAACUCUUAGCGAUUGAGACGCAAAAGAAGAAAAAAGACUUAUGAGACAAUAUUUUCUUCAUUGUGCUCCAACUGUAAGACAAUUGUUUGCUGUAGAGAAAUUAUUACAAAUGGAAUAUAUCAGUACCUCUUCAGGCUAGUGUUGCUAGCUGAAUAAAUGGGUAUAAAUAAUUUUAUGGUGGGAAAGGACUCUGCUGUCUAUAAUGCUUUCCUUCAAUGUGCAUAAUGAUAAAAUAAAUACUUUUAAAUAUUCUUUUGUUUCCAUGAUUCCCUGACCUAAAUCAGACAAAAUUGCAGGGCUUUAGCUGCUUUUUUUCUGUUGUCAGGAGCUGGUGUUGGCAUACAUUUCCUCUAAUUUGAAAUGACAUUGUUUAUGUUUGAUACAACGUUAAGGAUUUUGGCUUUCAAGAAAAUGACAUUAAAUGCAAUAAUUUUAUUUAUCAUAACCAUUUUGUACAUCAUUGUUUUCUUUUAGAAGGUGUAAUGUUAUACAUAUUUGUAAUUUAUAUUGCAUGUAUAAACAUAUUGAAAGUCAGCUAAAAUGGCAAAUUUAUUUUACAUUAUUAUAACUCAUGAGUUUUAAAAACUAGUAUUAGUAAUUUUUCCCCUUCCUUGUAGGUUUUAAGAUGUUAUGGUAUCUUUAAGUACCUUAGUUCCUUUCCUACAAAAGCCAUUAAUUUACAAAUGCAUAAAGCCUUCAGUUCUACUAUUUCAAAGCUUUUAGAUGAUUUCUAUAUCAGUUUUAUAUAUCCAGCAUAAUGCAGGUUACCUAUGUUGUUGGCUAAGAUAAAUUACUGAUUCAUUAAAUUAGAAACCAAGAUAGAGAAAUAAUACUUUUAUUUUUAAAUGUUGACUAGCUCCACAAUAGUUUUAAGGAAAUAGAUACAUACUGUGUUCAUAGGGAAAAAAUGUAGAUUUGAUAGUUUAUAAUCUCAUUAAUUUUGUCUCCACAAUUAAAAUAUAUCCAGCCUGACUUUCUAUGGCUUUAGAAUUCUUUAAGAUUUUACUUUCUUCAAAGUUGUUGCCCAGAAUUAACAUUUUGUGGGGUUCUUAAAUGUCAUAGAUAUUCUACAGCCCAAAUACCAUGAAUUUAUUUGAAUUAAAGUGAUAUCUCAGUAAAAUCACAAACUAUACAAUGAGUUCCCUAAGUCCUUAGCCU